AGGAGCCGCAUACGGGGCCUCGGCGAGCAGCUCCCGCGGGGCGGCCAGAGCCUGCUCCGCCCGCCCGCCCCUCCGCACGGCCCGGCCCGCCCGCCUCGGCACGGCGCGGCCCCGCUCCGCUCCACCGGACCGCUCGGCCCCCGCCCGCCUUUUGCGUGGAAGAUGGCGGGUGGCGUGGACGGCCCCAUAGGGAUCCCGUUCCCGGAUCACAGCAGCGACAUCCUGAGCAGCCUGAACGAGCAGAGAAACAACGGGCUGCUGUGCGACGUGGUCAUCCUGGUGGAAGGCCAGGAGUUCCCCACCCACCGCUCCGUCCUGGCGGCGUGCAGCCAGUACUUCAAGAAGCUCUUCACCUCAGGGUUAGUGGUGGACCAGCAAAACGUGUAUGAGAUAGACUUUGUGAGUGCGGACGCCCUGUCGGCGCUGCUGGAGUUCGCCUACACCGCGACCCUCACUGUCAGCACUUCGAACGUCAACGACAUCCUCAACGCGGCCACUCUGCUGGAGAUCCCGGCCGUCAGGGAUGUCUGCACGGAUCUCCUGGACAGGAAGAUUCUGGCCAAAAAUGACCAGAUGGAUACAGUAGAUCAAAUUGAUCAGAGGAACCAUCUCAGAGCAAAAGAGUACCUGGAGUUCUUCCAGAGCAACCCCGUCAACGGCCACCAAGGCAGCUUUCCGUGGACCAACCCAGAGUUGAGAGACCUUCAGAGACUGAACUUCCGAGGCCAAGAGGAGGAGGAGGAGUCGAACUGCAACGGCCUGGACUUCUACUCGCAGGCCACCCCAACCGAAAGACCAAAGGCAAGUGACUGUGACCCUGACAGCAACCCGGCCAUGUGGCUGGACCGGGAGGAGGAGGAGCCGGUCACCGCCGGCAUGUUCUCACCUUCCCAGAACGGACAUUACAGCAGCCGUGGCUUGGCCACGCCGGGAGAAGAGGAGGGGGGGACCCCCCGGGGGCCUCUGGACCCGCAGGAAGCCGGCGACUCGCCCGGCUUCAUCCCCGCCGGGGCGGAGACGGAGGACGACGCGCGGGAGGUGGACGACUUGGCCGCCAGCGCCCUCCUGCAGCAGAUGAUCAACUCGGUGGGGCGGCAGCAGCUCGGGGACGACGACCGCAAGGACGACGACGGGGUCAUGGAUUAUUACUUGAAAUACUUCGGCAGUUCGAACGAGGGCGACGUCUACCCGUCCUGGUCCCAGAAGGAGAAGAAGAUCAGGGCCAAAGCAUUCCAGAAGUGCCCCAUCUGCGAGAAGGUGAUCCAGGGCGCCGGGAAGCUGCCGCGCCACAUCCGCACCCACACCGGGGAGAAGCCCUACGAGUGCAACAUCUGCAACGUCCGAUUCACCAGGCAGGACAAGCUGAAGGUGCACAUGCGGAAGCACACGGGGGAGAAGCCGUACCUGUGCCAGCAGUGCGGCGCCGCCUUCGCCCACAACUACGACUUGAAGAACCACAUGCGAGUGCACACCGGGCUCAGGCCCUACCAGUGCGACAGCUGCUGCAAGACUUUCGUCCGCUCCGACCACUUGCACAGGCACCUUAAAAAAGAUGGAUGCAACGGGAUUCCCUCGAGGAGAGGCCGGAAACCCCGGGUGAGAGACGCGGCCGCCGCGCCCGCCCCGGCGGGGGGAGCAGCCGCCGAAGAUGGAAGUUUUGCGGCCGGUGGGGAGAGCCAGGAAUCAGAGGACACCCCCCCGUCCCAAGGGAACGACCAGGAGCAGCAGCACUUUGAGGAGAAUUCAAACAAUGAAGCGCCGGGAUUGAAUGUAGCAGGAGGAGGAGGAGGAGGAGGGUCGGAGGAGGGGAACGCGCAAGGACUCUCCUAAACCAAAAAACAAAACAAACAAAAAAACCAACAACAACGACAAACAACAAACCCCACACACCCGAAAACGAAGUCACAAAAUCUAGUUAGUACUUUUCCUCCGAUUUUUUUUCUCUUUAAAGAUGUUUCUCUCCC